ACCGGAUGUGCAAACAUGAGGAUGACAGGGGAUAACAGUCAGAACAGUGCUGGAAACUCGGAAACAACGAUGGAGGAUGUAAAAACCCUCAUUAAAAAGAAAGAUGACAUUGAAGAGCAGAUAAAGGCGUAUUACGACGUUUUGGAAGACCAAGGUGUCGGAGUUGAAGGUCCCCUGGUUGACGCAGAGGGCUUCCCCAGAGCAGAUGUUAACUUAUACCAGAUCAGGGCAGCGAGACACAACAUUUCCUGCCUGCAGAAUGAUCACAAGGCCAUCAUGCUGGAAAUAGAGGAAGCCCUACACGGGUUGCAUGCUCGAGAGAAAGCCAAGCAUGAACAGGAUGAGGCCGAAGCCCAGGAAGAGGCGAUGGAGCAGCAGGUCACCCUGCCUUCUCCCUUCGCACGGGUGGAUACUGUCACACAAGGAUCACCCGCCUGUGGAGCUGGCCUGCGAGUUGGAGAUGAACUAAUUGAGUUUGGUUCUGUGAACACAGACAACUUUCAGAACCUGCAGAACAUUGCCUCUGUGGUACAACACAGUGAAGGGAAACCAUUGCGUGUCGCAUUGAUCCGGGAUGGUCAGAGAGCUCAGAUGAGCUUGACUCCACAGCGAUGGUCUGGCAGAGGUCUGCUGGGAUGCAACAUUGUUCCAAUCCCUCGAUGAUCGCCAUGACUCUGCACAGCAUUGGGAAAGCCCUUUCCCACUUUUGUUUUCUCUUGAUGGCUUCAAAGAAAUUAACUGACUUUGUACACACUGCAGAAAUUUCAAUAUCUUAAUCAAAACUACAACUAUUUCCUUCAUACAGGGGCAGUCUUUAGUUUGGGAUAUAUGAAAAAGUGUCGGAGCACUUCUGUUACAGAAGUCGUGCUGAGUGUACUAACCUUUCUACUGGAUAUGCUGAAUAGAUUCCUACUUGUUGAAACAAUCAACUUUAAUUGUUGAAGCAUGAAUGUACUUCGCCAAUGUUGUUGCAAUGAAUGAGUUUUUCUACAUAUUGUGCGCAAUUGGUAAUUUUGGUUCAAGAGUAGCACGAAAAAACAGACACAUAAGUCACUGGAAACUUUGGAAAAUAAUUGAUUCACUUGAUGUUCAUGUGACAUGCAAUUAAAAUAUUUGUUUUGAGUGAAUGAUUCUUUCA